CGCGACCGCUCGCGGGACCGAGCGACAGAGCCCGGUGACGACGACCGAGGCCCCCCGAAGAAGAGGCAGCGUGCGCUUCCCCAUUCAGAUACGCAGUGCCAUUCCAAAGAACCAUUGCUCACAGCUGUGCUAAACUAUAAACGCUAUGCUUAACGAUAGAUAGUGUUCAAGAGGUUUUCACAUAUACACAUGCACACAAGCACACACACGCACAAUUCUCGUGUGUGUGCGAUUUAGAUUUAAUAACGUAACGUUGUCACACAAACACACACACACAUACACAACCCCCACGCAUCCCUAACAAGAGCAUAAGAGCUCCGAGCGAGGCGACUGGCGGAGGAAUCCAAGAAGAGGACCACGUCUAUCGUGUGUGUACGAUCCGGACACACGAUCUGUACCAUAAGUCGAGGAAUCGUCGACGUGUAAGCAAGCGAGCCGAUUGCCGUCAGAAUUCUCGAGGGAGAUGUUAUCAAAGGGAGGUUGAAUCUCUUUCUCCCCUCUCGCCAACUUCCCGGCCCGGAGUAAUGACCAAAACUGUAAGGACGUAUUUGCGUUAGCCGCACGGAUCCUUCGUUGGAAAAUUUCACUAUGUCUUGAGGGACACUGCCUUGUGCCCCACGAGAGUAAGAGAGAAAGAGAGAGAGAGAGAGAGAGAGAGAGAGUGAGAAAAGAUUAGUCCUGACAAUUUGUCGAUUCGGUGAUAUCACAGAGUGCUAAAAAUGGCGAGGAAGAGCGACAACGCGAAGAGCAUCAACGUCGCGGUGGUUGGACUGUCCGGCACCGAGAAGGACAAGGGACAGGUCGGUGUCGGCAAGUCAUGCCUGUGCAACCGCUUCAUGCGCUCCCUGAGCGACGACUACAAUGUGGAGCACAUCUCGGUGUUGUCGCAGUCUGACUUCAGCGGGCGCGUGGUGAACAACGAUCACUUCCUGUACUGGGGCGAGGUGACGAAGGCGGCGGAGGAUGGGACGGAGUUUCAGUUCCAGGUGAUCGAGCACACGGAGUUCAUAGACGACGCGUCGUUUCAGCCGUUCAAAGGCGGUAAGAUGGAGCCGUACGCGAAGAGAUGCGCCGCCACCAAGAUCACGAGCGCGGAGAAGCUCAUGUAUAUCUGCAAGAACCAGCUGGGCAUCGAGAAGGAAUACGAGCAGAAAGUCUUACCGGACGGUAAGCUGAACAUCGACGGUUUCCUCUGCGUGUUCGACGUGAGCCUCGUGCCGAACCGGUCGAUCGAGAAGCAGGUUGAGAUCGUGGCGAACAUCCUCAACAAUCUGAUGAAGACGAAGAAGCCGAUCGUGCUGGUGACGACGAAGAACGACGACGCGAACGAGCAGUUCGUGAAGGAGGCCGAGAAGCUGAUAAUGCGUAAGGAGUACAAAGGAUCGAUCCUGGUCGUCGAGACAUCGGCGCACGAGAACAUCAACGUCGACCUGGCAUUCAUGAUCGUCGCCCAGCUGAUCGACAAGACUAAGAUGCGCAGCAAGGUGAUACCGUUCGCCGAGGCAGCCCGAGCCAGGAAGGAACUGCUGGAUGCCUCCACGGAGUCCUUGCAGAGACUGAUCCGGGUGCACGUGACCGACUAUCGCGCCUUGUGGUCGCAGGCCUCGAAGAAGCUCGCCCAACACAAGGAGUUCUCCACGUUCGUCGAGCUGUUCGGCAUCGAGUCGACGCAGCGGCUCUUCCGAAGACACAUCAAGAAGCUGAAGGACGAGCAGGUGGCGAAGAAGAUUCAAGGCUACCUGGACUUGCUGCCGGAUAUCCUUCACGAGAUCUGCCCCGACAUAACGAAUCUGAUUAACGAAGAAUGGUCGGCUGUGCAACAGUACAUCAAGGACCAUCCCGACUUCCACCAAUACUUCUUCGAGUGUCCCGAGGACAUACCGUGGAUCGACUGCGACUUCGGCGAGAGCAACGGCACGAAAAUCCCCUACGACGUGUUGGAGACGCCCGAGGCCGAGACCGUAUUUAAGAAUCACAUCAACGCUGUGCAACAGGAGCAACGGCGACUGGAACUUCCGAAAAGGUGGAAGAAGCAAUUCAAGCAGCUGCUGGAGGAAACCGGCUACGUUACGCCCGGAAAACAUCUGUCCGAGGUUAGAGUUUUGUUCAUGGGUCGGGAAUGCUUCGAGGAGCUCUCUCACCACGAUUGCCAAGAGAUUUACGACCAGCACCAAAAGGAGAUUAUCGAGAAGGCCAAGCAUAAUUUUCAAGAGUUACUGUUGGAACACGCCGAUUUGUUUUAUCACUUCAAAAGCAUAGCCCCGUCCGGCACCAUCACGCAGGACGAUAUUAAAGAGAUCACGGACGCGUUGUUGGACGAUUUUAGAUACAAAGCGUUAGAUAGAUUAGAUCAGGAUAGAAAGCUAAUGCUGUUUCAACAUUUGGGAUUUGUGCAUUGUCCCAUAAGAGAGCAUUGCCCGGCUUAUCCGAAUUGCAUGGACGCGCUCAUAGAGAGGAUACUCGGCACGAAGGCACACAGACCUUCCUCGUGGAAUCACAGUAGUCAGUGGCAGUUAACGUCGGAUAACAAUCAGUUGAAUUUAGUCAUACUCGGGAGUAACAAACUGAGCGAGGAAUUCGCCCGUGAGAUAAGGGCGCAGACCGAGGACGACGAGGUGGAGAUAGACUGCCAGUUGUACACCCUCGGCUAUCGCAUCAUAGACGGCGACGUCGGGCUGCCGCACAACUCCUUCACUACCUCCGAUUUCAUGCCACACGGAUCUUUUUGUAUUUACGCGAAUGAGGAUUCCUUCGAGUACAUUCGGUCCUCCUUGGAGAAAACCCUGUUGUCGAAUUUAGAGCAGGAGGACAGGCUACCUUUCCAAGGACUGCCUAUUGUAAUAAUGUUCGUGCCGGAGUCCAGUAUCGACGAGAUGGAAGCCAUGAGGCUCAAGGAGGAGGGACAGAAUCUCGCCGACAGCCUGCAGUGUCCGUUCAUCGACGUCUGCAUAGACGAUCUGGAACAGGACAAGAGGUUCCCAACUCCGCUAGUGAAGGACGCUCUGCAGCAGCUUAUACAAUCCAUAAAUCACAGAGCUGGUUUUUUGAAUAUAUAUCAGAGCGUCAUCGAGUGCUUGGAGCCUGACAUCAGGAUAAUAAUGUGCAUGUUCUGCGGCGAUCCGUACUCGGUCGAGAACGUUCUCGGUCCGCUGCUCAGCCACCAGUGUUGCUUUCUAAGCGGAGACCGGUCUAUAGUGUUGGAAACAUUCCUGGGAGAAUCGAAACGUCGGGUCGAGGUCAUUAUCUCGAGUUUCCACGGCGCUAACGCGUUCAGAGAUGAGCUGGUGCACGGCUUUAUACUUGUCUACUCCACGAAGCGGAAAGCGUCGCUCGCAACUCUCAAUGCUUUUUCCAUGAACAUACCAAAUCUGCCGAUACAAAUAAUGGCUGUAACCGACACCGGCGGCGCGAACGCGUUCUUCAGCAACGACUUGAGUCACUUGCUCAUUACGGAAGGCAAUGCUACGGCGGACAGGCUGCAAGCGCAUUUCAUGACAUCCGCGUCCAGCUGUCAGCAGAAAACGGCGUUUUAUACGCCAUUCUUCAAAGAGGUGUGGGAGAAGAAACCGGAGAUCGAGCAAGCGUUCAAUAUGGAGGAGCCGGGCAAUCUGAACGACAGCGGAGAGGGCACCCUGGAGUACUCGGCCCUGCACCCGAUGCCGCCGCCACGACACGAGAGCUAUCAUCUCCAGACGCCGGAUGACGGUAUGUCUGUAACUUUCAGAAGCGGCUCCGAGUCGUACGAGCAGUUGACGCCGGACGGCGAUCUCGGGGACACCGGCCUGACCGAACAGUUCGUCGAUCACCGGGCCACGCCGAGCGACGACAGCGACAUUUACAGCCAGGUCGACUUCUAUCGCGAGGAACGGGAGAGGGAUCUGAUGAAAAACGAGGACAUCACGAACAAGCUGUCCGGUUGGGUGAAGGACACGUUUAUGCACCAAGACGGAGUUACCAACAGCUACUCGCACAGAGCCUUUACGACAGGCCGGCGACACAUUUCCCAGGCUAAGCCGCGGCCGAAAGGUAACAGCCAGACGUUGAAGCAGCCCGGGAAGAUCAAUCUGAAGGAUUUCUCGAACGUGACAGACGCGAUAGCCAGGAUGACGAUAGGUGAGAAAGACGAGCACGGGCCGAAACUGACCACGAUGGGCCACGCUCCCCUCGCCACGCCGGAAUUGGUCGACCUCGGCUCCGAGUACGCGCAGGUGAAGGACGUGGUGCCGAGUAUGUACUCCGCGUACGACGGCGAUUACAUGUACGCCUUGGUACAGGACUCCAUCGGCAAUAACAAAUCUAAGCUGCGUCAUCGGCGCGAAAAGGGACAGCCAUCGUACAGCGACUCCGAUUCGGAAUGGAGCUCUUUGGAGAGGCAGAGGGUGACUGACGCCUUGAGCAAGGCGAACAAGAAGCCCUCGUCGCACAAAAGAAUACGUAAGAAACGCACCGCGAUACCGGUCGCUACGCCCAAAGUGCCGUCGUUGGCCAGCAUGGGCAGCGGUGACGGUAUAGUCGGUCUGAACUACAACAUGAAGGACGACAAGAACUGGCGUGUCGAUCCAGCGGACAGAGUGUCCAGCGAAACGCCCGACACAUCGGAAUCGAGCGAUCCCGAGCACACCUCGAGGUCCAGAUCGAAACAGUACAAGUAUGCGGCGGUCAGUUUGCGAAAGAGAUUCUCCGGGAAUUCCCUGCAGCAGCAGCACUUGCAACACCCGUUCAACGUGAAGCACAUGACGCAGGAGAUGUUCAGCGCCUCUUCCAAGCAGAGGGGUGAAAAUACGUUUGGCAUUCCAGAUGAUGAGUCGAGUCUGGACGUUUCCUCGCCGCGGGAGAUCAAUUCGCCCAGUUUCGGCAUAUUGAACAAGUCGAAGGACGGGGACAAGUUGACCAGGAAGAAGGACAAGCAGAAGGCGAAGGAGGACGAGAAGCUGGAGAAGAGGAGGCAGAAGGAGGAGAAGCUCAAGAAGCACGCGGAGAAGGAGAAGGAGAGGGAGAAGAAGAAGCAGGAGAAGAUCAAGCAGACCAAGGGCCCGGGCGGCACGCCGAUCUCGAGCCAGUCGCAGCAACCCUUGAUCGAGGACUUCGCACAGAGCGAAACGAACCGGAUACCCCUGUUCCUCGAGAAGUGCGUGCGAUUUAUCGAGGACGAGGGUCUGGACUCUGAGGGGAUAUACAGGGUACCGGGUAAUCGCGCGCAUGUGGAGCUGCUUUUCCAAAAGUUCGAAGAAGAUGGCAAUGUCGAUAUACAUUCUUUGGAUAUUCCCGUAAACGCUGUCGCUACAGCGUUAAAAGAUUUCUUUUCCAAGAGGCUACCGCCACUGAUCGAUAAAGAACGCAUGACCGAGCUGGAGGAUAUAUCAGGUGCACGAGGCAAACCUAUGUCGGCUACUUGCAUGAACAUGGAAGACCGAAGUUGCAGACUGUUGGCUCUGCGUUUGAUGCUCAACAAGUUGAACCCUGUAAACUUUGACGUUCUCAAGUUCAUCUUCCAACAUUUCGUGAAGGUCGCGGAGAAUUGCAAGCUCAACAGCAUGGACAGCAAAAACCUGGCGAUCUGCUGGUGGCCUACGUUACUACCGAUCGAGUUCAACGACCUCGGCAGAUUCGAGGCGAUGAGGCCGUACCUGGAGGACGUGGUCCAGACGAUGAUCGACCAGUAUCCCUUCCUAUUCUGCGGCGAGGAGGCCAUCGUGAUGGUGUAG